AUGCGUGAAGUACAGCUGAUCAGCCGUUUGAAUCACGAGAACGUCGUUAAGUGGGGAUGUAAAAGGGAGUUUAAGAAACGACAACGGCGACGCCGUGGACAACAUCGAUUACACAAUGAACUUAUAUUUUACCUACGAAUCUCGCAAUACUCUAAAGUCAUUUAGUUUGUUUCUCACUGUCAAAAGUAUCUUGAAAAUGAAUAUGGAACGCAGCCUUAAAUUAUAAAUAGAAAUUUAAGAAAUUAGCCGUCGUCGUUCACGUUCUUCAGACAUCAAAGAGUUUGGUCAUUUCAUGUUACUGUUUUGCAGAGAAUGCAAAGAAAUUUACAAAGAUUUAUGACGCACGUCGGUGCACAGUCACUGCUCUGCUCAUGAAACCUUUUUUUUAGUGACGUUCCUGUUGCCAUUGCCUUCGUGGUUUUCUUAAACUCCCUGAUGAAAUCAUUACAGGCGGAGUUCGCGUUUACGCACAAAUCGUGCGUAUAGAUACGCAACAAACUUUCGUGAGACAUGUAAACACAGAGUGAAUCUGCACAAGGGAGAAGAUUUGAAAUUAAAAAAAUUUCUAAUGAGAAUGGUAGGAAAAAUACCACUGAGUUAACUCAUUGUUUAGUACAACCGCAAUACAGGCUGGAUUUAAAUUUUUUUUUAAAUUCCUAGAAAGGAGAACGAGCCAUGUGAUUACGGGAGGGCAUUUUGAGUGUGGGUGAAUUUUGCUUGGUCCUCUUUUAAGCAAGUGCCUCUUUUACGUCUGUAGCUGGGUGGUUUUACAAGUUCUAAUAACUACUGCAAGUGUGGGCAGAAGAGUCGCAUUGAGUUGGUAAAGUGGUUGUCGUUAAGAAAAUUUUGACAAUGUGCAAUAUACAGCGCUUUAAAAGGGAAACGGAGCGCAACUCAUAAUAAACUAAUCUGUAAUGUAUUAAUCUAUUAAAGCUGCAUUUUAGUGGGAGAACGCUUAGCUCUCCAGCCAAUCUACCAGCAUUCCACUCUAAUUAUCGACAACAGAUAACCCAAAUCAAAUUUAGCAUGAUAGUAAAAAGAACCCAUCAUGUAGCAGGUAAACCACUUGGCCGUUAGUUGGCUAUUGUCGAAGAGUCUGGCUCGGGACCAUUAAAAAACAAAUUUAAUAGAUGCUUACGGCGAGACUCGAACGCGGGACAUCCGACCAGCUUAGAACUCGUGGCUCACGCUGCCUUCUUAACAUUUACAUUUUCCCUUCUGUAGAUAUUACUAUUCCUGGAUCGAAAUCGCUGAGGAACAGCAACAGGAAAAGGUUCAAACUGCAGACGGGAAACCUCCCAAGGACGUGCCGUCAUCUGUUUCAUCUGAAGAAAGUCUUAUGAAAUUCAAUAAGAUCGAAGCGCCAAGUGUGAGAGAAAGUAGAAAUGACGUAGAAGAAUCUUGGUGGCCUGACGACGGAAAAGGGAAGAGCAAUGAAUCAAAUUCGUCUUCAAGUGAUUCGCAGGAAUCGAUUCGUAGUCCAAGUAAAUUAUCGUCAUCUAAGAGUCACAGUGUGUCAUUCUUUAAUAGCAAGUCUGAGUCGUCUGAAGGGGUGGUGUUUAAAGGAAAGAUGGAAGCGUCGGUUCUUCAGUUUGGAGAUCUGUUAGAUACAGAGGUAAGGUGGUCUUUAACGAAAUAAUAAUUACAAAAAUUGGAUUAUUGUCGUGGCGCUUUUCCUUCAAGUAACAGCUAAAUAAGAGAGAAGUCUGAUGCGGCUUUACUUCUGCAACCUUGUCGUUCCGUCUGGUAAGGGUGACUACCCGUCGCUUUAAGCGUGAAAUUGGAGGGGCUUUGUUAAUCAAGAAAUGUGAAAGUGGCUAAGAAUUAUCCUAGGUUUUCCAGAUAAAAAAAAUGGAAAUGUUUUUGUCGAGCCUCCAUGUCAAACUCUGGUAUGAAAACAUAUUUCAGUUGAAAUACACCUGCAGUCUACUCUGCUUUGAAUUCUCAUUAGUUAACUAAAAAAAGAAAAAAGUAAAAACUGGGGGCUCAGUGAAAUUUAAAAGUGUCCAUUGCAGGAUACGUUUGGGCAAUUGUUACAAGUACAGAAUACAUUAGCUGAGGCUCGUGAUUACAACGUUACGGGAUCCUUCGGGAAUAAACAUACCGGCCUUAUUUAUUAUUAUUUUUCUUUUUUUUUUAAGUCAGAAGAUUCUGAUGAAGGAGUGGAAUGGCAAGAGACUGGAAGCGAGUCCAGUGCCGAACACUUAGGACUGCAGUACCUGUACAUCCAGAUGGAGUACUGUGAAAUGAGCACCUUAAGGAACCUUAUUGACGAGGGCUUGCAUAAAGAUAAGGAGCGAAUUUGGAGGCUUUUUAGAGAGAUCGUUGAGGGCCUGGUACACAUUCAUACUCAGGUGAUGCGCAGGUCCUAAAUCAAUAUGUCACAUGCGUGGUGUAAUGUGCGUAGAAUUUCCUAAGUUAGAGCAAUGUUCAAUUCAUUGUCCUAUAUAUAUACGUGUCAAUGGCGAAGGUCAACCUCGGGUUCUUUUCAGAACAGUGCUAGCAGAUCAGAACGUGGAACCCAAACGCCUUAGAUUUGAUUCCUCGUGAGCGAGUCAGAUGUUUCGCUGUUCCACGUAGGGGGCAAAACGGAGAACAUAACGCUUUCUUUAUCGCUUUUUUCUCUUUGCUGCACAGGGCAUUAUUCACCGGGAUCUUAAGCCCGUAAACUUGUUCCUAGACUCUCUUGGCCGCAUCAAAAUAGGCGACUUUGGCCUCGCAACCACGCAUGGCAUGACGCGCGGAGGCAUGGACACUGACGGCCCAGAUUCAAUUACUAAUGGCCAGUCUCUCAAGAUGAACUCAAGCACUAAAAAGAGUAUGACAGGCAAAGUUGGUACGACGCUUUACGUCGCUCCGGAGUUGGGAAAACGGUCUGGCGGCCGAGUGAAGUACAGUCAAAAGGUUGACUUGUAUAGUUUGGGGAUUAUCUUCUUUGAGAUGUGUUACAAGCCUUUAACAACCUCUAUGGAAAGGGUUAAAGUUUUGGGAAAUCUACGAACGGUAAGUGCAUGUUUACCCGAGCGCUACAAUCAUAUAAAAACGGAAGAAAGUUGUAAUUUUCUAGUCCACAAGGGAAGAUGAAAACAGUCUAAAGGGAGUUCAUUUGAUCUACUUUCAAAGGUUUCAGCGUGAAUAGGCUACUCAUCGUGUUUUAAAUUCACUUUCCUGAGCCUAAAUUAAAAAGGAAGUAAUUAUACUGAACAACAUUCCAAGUUUGUAAUCAAGACAAAGUCGUAGGUCUUUUUAUUCUCGAGCAUUAAUUUUGCUUUUCAUCAACUCUUUCGGUGUCCUAUUUGUUUCCUUAUUAGGAAGGAAUCAUCUUCCCAACUGAUUUUGACCACAAGGGCCUCGCCAAACAAAUGAUCGUCCUCAAGUGGCUCCUCAAACAUACCCCUGAGGAACGCCCUUCCUCACAAGAACUACUUCAAAGCCAGUAUGUCCCGCCUAAGAUUGAAGAUGGUCAGUUGGACGAAGUGCUCAAACAUACGCUCGCGUCUACGAACUCUACUCGCUACCAGCGUAUGAUGAAGGCCAUGUUCUCGCAGAAGGUUUCUUCAGUUCAAGACAUAACUUACGAUGUUGACGUUUACACGGGACAGGUUUCACCACAUGCUAUCCUCGUGCAGCAGAUGGUUCACGAAAGCGUAAAAUCCGUGUUUUUGAGACACGGCGCGUUACGGUUAAGAACGUCACUUCUUGCCCCUCGCACGCAGUUAUUUGAACAGCUGGAAUUAGCUGUUAGCGUUAUGGACCACAGUGGCACGCUUGUCACGCUCCCUUUCGAUCUCAGGAUACCGUUUGCGCGUUAUAUCGCGCGAAAUGGGGUCAUGAACAUGAAAAGGUUUGACAUCGGAUGCGUGUAUCGUGACACGAAGAUUCUGGGCGCCCACCCCAAGGAACUUUACGACUGUGUAUUUGAUAUCGUCACAAGCUCGCCGGAAGACCUUGUGCCCGACGCCGAGGUUUUAUUGGCGGUAUUUGAGAUAAUAAACGAGUUUCCUUCGCUUGGUUCCCGUAAUUAUUACAUCAGGAUGAAUCAUGCACGUCUUUUGACGUGUUACCUGACUUCUAUAGGUAUAUCGAAUGAGCGACAGGCCGAAUUGAUAGCAAUUCUGAAGGAAAUUCGCAGCGAGAGGGACCGAGAUGUUCAGAUCAAUUUGUUUGUUGAGAGCUUGCAGUUAAGCGAUCACGCAGCGACGGCGCUUUGCGAGUUCCUUAACUUCGAAGGCCCUGUAAAUAAAUUACGCGAGCAUCUGAUUGGUACCAUGAAGCGAGAAUCUUCGGUUGGCCAGUCUGCGCGACAAAUUCUACACGAUCUGAAAGCGAUUACGCAGCAUGCUGAAACAUUCAAGAUUGAUCUUCCCGUGAAAGUCAAGACGUCUAUGGUGUAUAACUACCAGCAUUUCUCAGGUUUGAUUUUCCAGUUUGUAGCCGCAAACAAGCGGAAACGGAAGCGAGGGGGCGUUGAUAUUCUGGCCGCUGGAGGACGAUACGACGAGCUAAUAAACUAUUUCCGCCGGGGAGGAGAAGCUUCUCAUCCCAACCCUGGAGCGGUGGGUGUCAGUAUCGCGAUUGAAAAAAUUGUAGCCGCUGUUUUGGAAGAAGAAGACGUUACUAAUCUGUGUCCUUAUGAUGUUAUGGUUUGUUCAGUUGGGCGUAACCCAAUGCAGACCGAGCGCAUGCGUAUUGCACACGAUUUGUGGGAAUGUGGCAUCAAAGCAAAUAUCUGUUAUGAUUCAAAAGACAUGGUUUCUCUGGAAGAGCAACAGGAGUUUUGUAAAAAAGUGGAAUUCAACAUAUGGUGGUGUUGAAAGAGCAGGAAGUUGGAUAUGUGAGAGUAAGUGAAUUGGAAAAAAAUUGUCGCAUUUCGUUUUCAUACAUAGUUUGUCAAUAAGCUUGUCCUUCCUUCCAUAUUCUGUUAAUGUUUGCAAAUUGCCUUUAGUCACUGUUAAGUCAUUUAUCUCGCAGGUGCGAUCUUCUGACAAAGAAAAGCUCUCGGAGUCUCGCGUAAAGAGAGUUGAACUUGUGGCCCAUCUUCAAGCGAAGUUCUCUACAAGGCCUGAACCGACUGAGUCCUCCGCGCCGUUGGGUAAUAAAGGGGCCAACACGCAGAGCGGUAAUGAGACGAGUCCCACAGUUGUUCCAGAAAUAAAGGUCUCAUUUAACACCCAGGAGAAGUGGGCGUGGAACACAAAGCGGAGAUACGAAAGCUUGAUGAUGUCCAAGAUUAAACCUCUUCUGACUCACAUCAGUUCUAAGAAUGCCGUGGAAGUUAUUGCGGUGAGUCUGGGGAGUUUGUCGUUUUAAGAGUUGAUUUAAUGUUUGACUUUAAAUUGUACUUUUACGUUGGAUUUACGGUUGGGAACGGUACUCCUAUUAUAUGCUGUGCUGUGUGACGUGUGGUUUACAUCGCAGCCAAUGUUUUGGAUGUCACGCAACGCUCUUUCAAAGCGAGCAUGGCGUGACAUCCCAAACAUGAGCUGUUUUUAAGAAGGAGGUAAGUUUGUAAGAAACUACGGUGCAGCAUCGGCGGGGGGGUGGGGAUGGGUUGGGGGGGGGGGUACAACUGAUUUAUCAACUGAGUUGAAUAAUGAAGAAUUUCUAAAGCUGUUGAAAAUCCUAUAGAGUCUUUCGAUAGCUACUUUACUUUAUCAACUCAUUUGAUAAAACCAUGUUACAUUGUUUUUUGUUCUUGUUGUUCUUAAACUCUGAUUGGUCAAAUUACUACACAUUUCGCUGUAAUCACCUUGCUAGAGGUGAUUACAACAGGGACACCAAAUUUGAAAAUAAUUUGUCACAAAAAAAAAGAAUGUAAAUGUUUUGACGUUUUGUCAAUGUAAAGGUAGACGUCGUUUUAGAAAAUUCAACUCUGAAGAGCUCAAAAGAUGCUACUAAAAAACGCCUCGCAAUGAUAUAUGGUUACUUUCCCUCACCUGUUUCUUUUUCUCUCAGGUUGACCUGCCUGGUACUGUUUUGUGCAACAUGUCAGCAAUGCUUGAUCUGGAUGCAAGUCAGGACGCAUUUGAUGCUAGCGUUGCGACCAUUGCGGAUAAAACCCCACAUUACAAGAAAUACCUUGGGCGCGUUUGCGACGACAUUCGGGACCUUAAAGUAUCCAAGAAAGAACCAGUAGUGUUCGUCUAUAGUGUAACAGAUGAAAUGUUCCAAAUAUUUUUCUAGUUGGGAUUUUUCUACGAAUUUACACCCUUUUGUCAAAGCUGCACUUUUGUGUCACUCGUUAGGUUAGCGCAGGAUGGGUUACGCAAUCCUUGCGUCGGUAGACAUUGAUAUGUGUCACGCAACUUCUGUAAUGGUAGCUAUUACUACAGAAUCCCAAACGCGUCAAAUGAUGCUUAAGUACGUGGUUACUAGAAUCGUAAAAACAGCUUGUCUUGAAGACAUUAAAAGUAAAAGUUUUGUACAACAGUCAAGGAG